UGAGGCCCUCUCUGUUACUCCAGCUCUGUGCCAAUUUGGAUACCUGGUGCAUCAUGUCACCCCAGAACCACCACCCCCAGCUGCCAGAGCACAACCAGCAACCUAACAAACAGUAUGACCUCUGCCAGAGACGCAGCCAGGAUCCGUUUGGGGACCUGCUGAAGAAGCUCAUGGACCAAGUCCACGACUACCUGGGCAUGCCCGAAUUGAGCCGGGACUUUGGAACUCAGACCUACGAGCAGCAGGUGGUGGAGCUGAGCGAGACCGGUGAGAGCCCUGAAGUGCCUGAGCAAAGGCUGUAUGCAGCACGCCCCUACUGUGAGGCUGGCCUUGCAAGGGGGUGCGACCUACCGAGGGCAUUCUUCAGUGCUCUCCUGGUGCUAGCUCUGGGAGAGCUGAGUGGGAGCGGGCAACCCCCCAGUCCCUUGCAGUCCUGUGAGCACCAUCUCCCCCUUACCCCCCCUCCCCGCCUCACUCCACCCCGAGACCUGAGACCCCGUGCCUCUGUUUGGGGUUCUGCCGCAGACCACAAGGACGUGCUGGCCCACGUGGCAGCUCACGGCCCAGAGAACCCAAAAUUAGAGAGGUUGGAAGAGGUCCUGCAGGAGCAAUUUGGGAGCCCCGGAACCCCCCGGGGCAUCAUCUUCACUCGCACCCGUCAGAGUGCGCACUGCCUCCUGCUCUGGGUCCAGCAGCAGCCAGGCCUGCAGAACCUGAACGUCAGGGCCCAGAUGCUGAUUGGGGCAGGAAACAGCAGCCAGAGCACACACAUGACUCAGAGGGAGCAGCAGGACAUAAUCUGGAAGUUCCGGGACGGCACCUUGAACCUUCUGGUGGCCACCAGUGUGGCGGAGGAGGGGCUGGACAUCCCGCAGUGCAGUGUGGUGGUGCGCUACGGGCUCCUGACCAACGAGAUCUCCAUGGUCCAGGCAAGGGGCCGUGCCCGGGCCAGUCAGAGCGUCUACUCGUUCAUGGCUACUGAGGGUAGCCAGGAGCUACGGCGAGAGCUGACCAACGAGAUGCUGGAGGCACUCAUGGAGCAGGCAGUGGCCGCUGUGCAGAAGAUGGACCCGGCUGAGUACCAAGCCAAGAUCCAGGACCUGCAGCGGGCAGCCCUGGUGAAGCGAGCAGCCCAGGUGGCCCAGCAGGAGAGUCAGCAGCAGCAGUUCCUGGCCGAGCAUGUGCAGCUAUUCUGCAUCAGCUGCAUGGUGGCCGUGGGCCACGGGAGUGACCUGCGGAAGGUGGAGGGGACCCACCAUGUCAAUGUGAACCCCAACUUCUCGAUCUACUACAACGUCUCCAGGAAGCCUGUAGUCAUCGACAGAGUCUUCAAGGAUUGGAGGCCUGGAGGUGCCAUUAGCUGCAAGAACUGUGGGGAGGUCUGGGGCCUGCAGAUGAUGUACAAGUCAGUGAAGCUGCCGGUGCUCAAGGUCCGCAGCAUGUUGCUGGAGACCCCUCAGGGGCGAGUCCGGCCUAAAAAGUGGUCCCGCGUACCCUUCCCCGUGCUCGACUUCGACUUCCUGCAGCACUGUGCUCAGAGCCUGGCCGACCUUUCUCUGAACUGACCACCCUGUCGCUGCAGUGCCCAGCUCAGGCUGCAGGGGGCAAGAGAGUCCGCAGCAGCCAUCCUCCUCCCAGGCCCUUCCCUCCCAUACCACGGGCUCUGGGCAUCGUGCUGACCGCUGCAGAGGACGCCCGCAGCGCCUGAGUUGGCUUGGGCUCCCGUGGUAAGGAGGCAGCCAGAGGACCACAGCUCUGCCCCAAGACCCACCUCACACACACAGACUUUCAGUACUGGAGAGUCCAGGGGAAACCGAGGCAGCAGACGUGCAGUCCUGUACUAGCAAUCAUGACAGCUCUUCUCUGCAAGGCCACUUCUGUUUUUUGAGGCUCCUCAUAAGUUAAAUAAAGGAAAAACGGGGCCGAAAAUGUGUGGUGUUUUAAACACAACUUUGUUGGGAUAUAAUCAACAUAAAAUAAACUGUACGCAGAGUAGGCUA